CCGAGAUUGGAGAAUGCGACAUUGGAUCUGAACCAAAAAACGGUCACAAUGAUUUCUGUAUAUCCUGUAAAGUAGUGGUCCCUAGUUUAAAAUUUGUUUUGCUGUUUGAGGACCAAUGUUCAUGUAUGUUAGGGGAACAUCCAUUUGAAUGUCUUACCGAUGGACGUGUUUGAAGAAGCCGAAGCUUUACAUCAGUUUUUUGCAAGUGAAUCUCCUGAAGAUUGCAACAUCCAGCUCGAUGAUUUAAUAAACGAUAUUGAUUUUAAUGAGCUUCAGGAGACAUUGCCCCACGAUGGCCUACAUGUACAUGUACCAGAAGUUCAAGAGCUGGGCCCUCUACCCACUGCCACCCAGCAUGCCCAGCCGCUUAAAAAUGCCCCACCGAUGACCGAGUCACUGACCGGUAACCGGGCAAUGCCGGCCAAAGUGGCUGGUGUUCCCGUACCGGUCAGCCAGAUUGGGCUUCUUCCAGAAUCGCCCCCAGACUCCGAGCCUUACUCCCCUGACAGGAACAAACCGAUCCCUGCUCCGGGACCAGGCAGGGUGGUCAGCCCAUACCUCAACGACUCAUCGACCCAGAGGCUGACCCCUGGCUUUGACACCCAGCUACUGACCACUGGCCUCGAAAACCAGCUCUUUAACCCCAACCUGGAACCCCCGCAGGGGAUUAUGACCUUCGACCCCGCGUUGCAGGAGAUACUUCCCUUCAGUUACGAGCAGACGACAUGUCUCGAAGACCUAGAGAAUAUCCCGAACCUUUCAGGGCAGCAGGAUGAUUUACAAAUGGUGCUGCUCAAUGAAACCCUUCCUGGAGCUCUACCUCUUGAUCAGAUGCCUGGAGGUCUACCCCUUGACCAGGUGCCUGGGGCAUCACCGGAGGGGCUUGCCGGUGGGUCGGCUGGCAUUCCAACGAUGGCUGGGCUACCCCUCCAGCAGCAGGCUGUCUUGCAGUUUCAGAACCUCCCACAAUCGGAGCUACAGAGGCGAGAAAGCAUUCUUGUGCAUCAGAACAAGAAGCGGAAACAUUCCUUGUCUCCUCAAAGUAGCAUGAGAGGAAACACAUCUCAGCCUGCUCUACAGAUUGAGAUCAAACAAGAACCUGGAACAGUGCCUUGUGUACCAGACAUGGGCUGUGACAAUGUAUUAAUGGAUCAUGAGGUAGGUGGAGACGGUAUGCCUUAUUCAGAAACAGCCUAUCAGUUCAUCAAAUGGCAACCUUACGAGCCUACUAAGUGGCAAACAUUACUGGAUGCAGACGGCCAGCAACUAACUGUAUCAUACCGUGUGGAUGCAGACAAGGGUUUCAACUUCUCUACCAUCGACGACGCGUACGUCUGCCAAAAGAAAAACCACUUUCAGAUCACAACGCAUGUCGGCGUGAACGGUCAGCCCAAGUACAUCAAGAUGGAGAAUGGUCUGAAGACUGUGGACAGCUUUAGGAUACACCUACACGGCAUCAAGGUGGAGGCUCACAAUUCCUACAUCAGAGUGGAGCAAUCCCAGGCCAAUAGAAGCAAGAGACCGUUCCAACCUUUCAAUAUUGACCUCCAUCCCAGUGAGGACAACAAGUACACUAUCGGCAGACUUCACUACAGCGAAACCACAUCUAAUAACAUGCGCAAGAAAGGCAAACCCAACCCAGACCAACGCUUCUUCAUGCUGGUCGUUGGGGUCCAUGCGCACAGCGGUGACCAGAGUUACGUCCUGGCUGCGCAUGUCUCGCAGAGAAUCAUCGUCCGGGCGUCCAAUCCAGGUCAGUUUGAGAGUGAUGUUGACGUCGUCUGGCAGAAAGGGCAAACUCAAGACUCUAUUUUCCACAAUGGUCGUAUUGGAAUUAGAACAGAUCAACCUGAAGAAGCGCUGGACGUCAGAGGUAAUAUACGACUCACCGGACGAAUAACGAGGCCUUCGGAUAUUAGAGCCAAGGAGAACGUUGAGGAGCUCGAUCCAAAAGAAAUGCGCAAGAAUAUUGAGAAAUUACGCAUGUACAACUACACCUACACCUCUGAAUUUGUGAAGUACGCAGGCUUGCCGGAGUGCGACCAAGUUGAGACGGGCGUGAUCGCUCAGGAAGUUCAAGAAGUUCUCCCGGAUGCAGUUAAGGAAACGGGUGAUGUACACCUGCCUAAUGGCGACAGUAUUGACAACUUCCUGACCGUUGAUAAAGAUCGCAUCUACAUGGAGAACAUCGGGGCAGUCAAGGAGCUGUGCCGCGUGACAGACAACCUGGAGGUUCGCAUCCAUGAACUGGAGAACCUAAACCGGCGCAGUGUCACCCUGACUAAGAUGAACAGCUUUAAGUCAGUCUGCAGUUCAGGAUCAAACAGACGUUCUGGUCGACGUAGAACCCGAUGCAGUGAUGGUACUUCAGUCGAAGAGGAACAAGGUUUAUCUCUCAGAGCAAUGCAUAUUACUAUCAUCAUUCUGUUUUUCAUCAUGAUCUUUUGUAUUUGUUCCAUGGUGGGCUUGUACGUUCUCAACGUUCAGGAGACAAGCAGUAGUAAUCCUACAGGACUGUCGACCUCGUCCUCCAGCCCGGAACUAAGCAGAAACGGACCAAGCGAAGCUGAUUUCGACAACACAGACAAACCCAUAACCAUGCCUCCUGCAUUUUUCCCGUCUGAUUCUGAUUCUAGUGACGAUGAUGAAUGUAGUGAGCCAGGAUGCCAGUUCUGCUGUUCAGUGAUGAGCCCAAGCAAUACUCAUAAGAGUGAUUCCUCACCACCAGAUUCCUCUGGAAUGAGCUAUAGCAGCAGCGCAGAUGAAGUGGCUCCAACUGAACCUCAAGUUCAACGCAAAAGGGAGAAGCGAGGUCUCACCAUGGACAACAAUAUAUUACCAAGUUUGUCUGUUUCCAGUAUUAUGGUUGAAGGGCUAAACGUCAUGAACCACACAAAGUGUGGGUCUGAUGGAAACUGCUCCUACAACAUUAUAGUUCCGCAGUUCGUCCCUCUCAAAAGUCUCCUGCUUGACAUAAACACGACGUUCUCAGUCAGAGUGUGGAAAUGUUCGCCGUUGUUAGAGGAAACAUGUCCAGGAGCGGAAGAGGGUGAACCAGAGGAUAAUGAGUUCAGUGAGGGUAUGGUACACAGAUGGAGUAUACCUGUGGGAGUCUACGCCAAAUCUACGUUUCGAUUUCGCGUUACUACAUCCCAGGAGGAGGGUAUAUGUGGCACCAGCAAGCGAUUGGGGACCGACUUCAGCCAGUACAACUUAUAUUUUGUCAGAAACAGAGUUUGUCAUUAAUAAAAACAUGUACUGCGGCUAGCACAACGGCAAAAGCAUUGACAUCUGUAUACACGCGCAUGACGUCGGGAGCACACAACAGCGCCCUCGCUCCGAGCUGGGUUUUGAGUAGACUGGUCCCCUGUCUUUAUCCGCAAGGAUAAAGACAGGUACUUGCUUUUCAGAACCAGUAGGAUACAAUGAUGUCAUUGGAUAAACGUGCAGUGACGCAAGCUUUCCAUAUCUGUGUUUGAUUGUGUUGAGGUGAUGUGACCGCCGUUUGCAAACAUCACCUCGGACCAAUCAGAACACAGACAUGAAAAGCUUACUUUCGGUCGUCUGUAUGUAGUGUCCAGUUGUGUACUAUGUACAGUACAUGUACUUGCAUGUUAUGGCUUCUAGUCAUCCGAAAUGGUGCAACAAUAGGGUGUCACCUAUAGUUUGUCCAGAGAGAGGUUCUGUUAGUGUUGGUCAACACUAAUAGAGGCGCACAAUAAAAAUAAAUAUUUCUUUUUAUGGUCCAACGGUCCAAAGAGUUAGGACUUGUCCUAAGUUUGGACUAGUCCUAGGAGAUAUAACAAACUUAAGGCUAGUCUUAACUCUUCAUGAAAUCAACCCCAUGGCCCAUCUUCAUAGAGCUGCUUAAGCACAAAAAGUAGCUAAGCACAACAAUAUAACGCUUACCAGAAUAAGAAUACCAGCCA